AUGGGCGAGGUGGGGUGGACACAGCGCUCGAGCCCGGCCCUGACGAUUUUCCGGGGCAAACUUGGCUCUGUGGCCGUGUCUCCGCUGGAGCCUGGGAUCACAGUUGCAUUUGGCCCAGGGCUCGCUGGAGGUCUCGGCGUCCGUGCGAAGGAGCUGGCUGAGCUGGCCAGAGGGGAGGAGGCGGGGGCGGCCGGGGUCCACCCCAGGAGGGCGGGACUUGAGAGCCCCCCGGAGUCAGAGUCGUCCCAGCAUGACAGAGCCGUCCUGGUCAGCGCCUGUGAACGAGGCUGCCGCCUCUUCUCCAUCUGCCGCUUUGUGGCCCGGAGGUCCAAGCCCCAACCCAGGGGUGGGGGGGUCCUCCCUGUGCACGCCCCCUUGCUCCCUGCAGCCUGCGUGGAAGCCUACGUGAAGGAGUCUGAGCAAAAUGCCUGCAGAGAUGGUUGCUGGAGCCAGUCCCCCGAACCCAAGCUGGAGCUGCAGCUGGAGCAGAAGAGAAAGGUUCUGGAAGCACCCAGUGGGGCGUUGUCCCUCCUGGACUUGUUUUCUACCCUCUGCAAUGAUCUUGUCAACUCAGCCCAGGGCUUCGUCUCUUCCACCUGGACAUAUUACCUGCAGACCGACAAUGGGAAGGUGGUGGUGUUCCAGACUCAGCCCGUGGUAGAGAGCCUCGGGUUCCAGGGGGGCCGUCUGCAGCGAGUGGAGGUGACCUGGCGGGGAUCCCACCCUGAGGCCUUGGAGGUGCAUGUGGACCCCGUAGGCCCCUUGGACAAGGUGCGGAAGGCCAAGAUCCGAGUCAAGACCAGCAGCAAAGCCAAAGUGGAGUCCGAAGAGCCCCAGGACAACGACUUCCUCAGUUGCAUGUCCCGGCGCUCGGGGCUGCCCCGCUGGAUCCUGGCCUGCUGUCUCUUCCUGUCCGUGCUGGUGAUGCUAUGGCUCAGCUGUUCCACCCUGGUGACCGCGCCUGGCCAGCACCUCAAGUUCCAGCCCCUGACCCUGGAGCAGCACAAGGGCUUCGUGGUAGACCCGGACUGGCCCCUGUACCCUCCCCCGGCGCACGCCUGUGAAGACAGCCCCCCGCCCUACAAGCUGAAGCUGGAUCUGACCAAGCUGUAAGAGACUCGGGGCUCCGUGUCUCCCCAGCAUUGCCAAGUGCAAGGGCCCCUCGGGGCUCACUUGCUCCGAGCCCAGGAGGAUCCAAGCUGAAGGUGGAAUCAUUUCUGAGCUCUUCUGCAACCACCUGGCUCCCUCCAGACCUGCCCGUCACCCCCCCUGAGUCCUGGGGCCAGGGUGCCCUGAUUGGGCAGGUGGGAUCUGGCCUUGAUUCCUCCCUGUCCCCCGUUUUUCUGGGACGCGCUUCUGUGUGUUUUCUCGUGUGUGGCUUUCUGAGUAUUCGUGUCGCCGUCUCUCUUUCUCUCUCCCUUUUCCGGGGGCUGAGGCCUCGGCGGGGACAGCCUUCUUCUUUAUCACUCGCAUCCCCACCUCCGGAGGCUGCGGGGGGGCCCCACGAGGGAGGGUGCAGGGACAGCUCCAUGCUGGGAGGGAGGGAAGGUUGCUGGGCGGAUGACCUGGCAUGAGGGCUGGGAGGAAUAAACCGUGUAUAUGAGACACCU